CAUCGAGAACCCUCUGGGGUGGUGCAACGAGGAGAGGGACGCUCCCUCCUCCAUCGCCUUCCUCUUCUGCGUCGAGCCCGACCACAUGCCCUCCUCCUCCUCCUCUUCCAACAACAACAACAACAACAGCAGCAGCAGAAUUGGCAACCUCCACCACCAUCUCCCCUUCCGCCGCAGUACCAUCGACCUCAUCCUCCAGGCUGUGUCCCUGGGCACUGUGGACCACACCGUCGCCUACCUCGCCAUCAACUACCUCGAUCGCUACAUCGCUCGUAGAGGAUCCCCGAGCGACAAGGAGUGGGUCCCUGGGUUCGUCGCCGUCUCCUGCCUCUCCAUCGCCUCCAAGAUGAUGCACCCAAAAUUCUCCCUCCUCCGUCUCCUCAGAGACACGAAUUCGUGGUUUGCGGCGGAGACGGUGGGGCGGAUGGAGAAGCUGAUACUGUGCGCUCUGGAGUGGCGAACGCGGUCCAUCACCCCCUUCGCAUUCCUCCGCUACUUCCUCGCCUCCAACUCCGCCCCCUCCUCCCAUUUCCACUCCGUCGUUAGGAAACGAGCCAUCGCCAUCUUCGCCCGAGCCCAGAGAGGUAUACCGCACGCACGCACGCACGCACGGCAACAAACAAAUUAA